GAAGGAAAAAGGACCGCGUUAAAACUUUCAAACCGUGUUCGAUUACUCGGUUUUUCCUCGUCCCAUGUUCCCCGCUGGGCGCAUAUAUAAUUGAAAAUUAUGUAUCUAAAAUGACUUCAAUUUGCCGUCAUCAAAUGGAGGCUGUACUGCUCGAGCUGUGAUUUGAGCAAAUGGAAAAGCUAAUACCAAAAGAGUUCGAUUUGUCGAACAAGGACCGGUCGGAUGAGGCUCUCAUGCGUUGGCGAAAGGCGGUUGGACUUGUGAAGAAUCGCCGCCGCCGCUUCCGUUAUGCCGCCGAUCUUGCAAAGCGUUCUGAAGCCAAAGCGCAGAUGCUAAAAAUCAGAGAACGUUUGCGCGUUUGUUUUUUGGCAUAUAAGGCAGCGUUCAGGUUUAUCGAGGCUGGUGGGCAAGGUAACCAAUUUUCCUCUGAAGAGGCUAUAGACUCCCAGGAAGAAGAUAUUCAAAAUGACCUCCAAGAAGAGGCUAGAGAAGCAGGGUUUCAAAUUCACCCCAAUAAACUUGCUUCGCUUGUUGCUUCUUAUGACAUCACGACCUUAAGAAAGCUCAAAGGAGUUGAAGGACUUGCAAGUCGAUUGAACGUUACAUUGGAUGAAGGAGUUGAUUGUUCUAGUAUACCUAUCAGGAAAACUGUUUUUGGCUCCAAUGAAUACACCGAAAAACCUUCCAAAAGUUUAUGGUUGUUUUUGUGGGAUGCUAUGCAUGAUACGACACUUAUAAUCCUUACGGUUUGUGCUGUUGUCUCUAUAGGUGUGGGACUUUCCACUGAAGGUUGGCCAAAGGGAAUGUAUGAUGGUUUAGGAAUCAUACUUAGUGUAUUCUUGGUUGUCUUGGUUACUGCAGUUAGUGAUUACAGGCAAUCAUUGCAGUUUAAGGAGUUGGAUAAGGAGAAGAAAAAGAUUUUUAUCCAUGUCACUAGGGACGGGACUCGACAAAAAGUCUCCAUACAUGACUUGGUAGUUGGGGAUAUUGUUUAUUUAUCAAUAGGAGACCAGGUUCCAGCAGAUGGAAUAUUCAUAUCAGGCUACAACUUGUUGAUUGAUCAGUCGAGCUUGACUGGAGAAAGUCUACCAAUAAAUAUAUAUGAAAAAAGACCUUUUCUUUUAACUGGAACAACAGUUCAAGACGGGUCAGGUAAGAUGCUGGUGACUACAGUCGGUAUGAGAACCGAAUGGGGUAAGUUAUUGGAUACUCUAAACGAGGGAGGAGAAGAUGAGACCCCUUUACAGGUGAAGCUCAAUGGUGUUGCCACUAUUAUUGGUAAAAUCGGACUGGCAUUUGCCGUGAUGACUUUUUUAGUGUUGACAGUCAGAUUUUUGGUGGAGAAAGGACGACUUCAUGAACUUACCCAAUGGUCUUCCCGUGAUGCUCUAACACUUUUGAAUUACUUUGCUACUGCAGUGACUAUAAUUGUUGUUGCAGUUCCCGAAGGACUUCCCCUGGCUGUGACACUAAGCCUUGCUUUUGCAAUGAAGAAAUUAUUGACCGAAAAGGCGCUAGUGAGACAUCUCUCUGCAUGUGAGACAAUGGGUUCUGCUACUUGCAUUUCAACCGAUAAAACAGGGACUCUGACUACGAACCAUAUGGUGGUGAAUAAAGUAUGGAUAUGUGGAAAAGAGAAAGAGGUAGAUAGUAAUGCAGAUAGGAAUGCCUUAGAUUCAGAUAUAUCAGGAAAUGUAUUAGCCAUUCUCUUGCAGGCAAUAUUUAAUAAUACAGGAUCCGAGGUUGUCAAGGAUAAAACCGGAAAGCGAACUAUUUUCGGGACACCGACAGAAUCAGCAUUGCUAGAGUAUGGAUUGCUUCUAGGUGGUGAUUUUUAUGAUCAACGCCGGGAGUGCAAGUUGUUGAAGGUCGAACCUUUCAAUUCGCACAAGAAAAUGAUGUCCACUCUUGUGGCUCUUGGAAAUGGCAAAAUGCGAGCUUUUUGCAAAGGCGCAUCUGAGAUUAUACUGAAAAUGUGUGACAAAACCAUUGAUUCCAAUGGUGAAGCCUUUCAUUUGUCAGAAGAACAUGUAGGAAAUAUCAUGAAUGUCAUCAAUGCAUUUGCUGGUGAAGCGUUGCGUACUCUCUGUUUGGCUUUUAAGGAUAUUGAAGACGGUUUUCAAGAAAAUAGCAGCAUUCCUGAUUGUGGCUAUACUUUGAUUACAAUAGUGGGAAUCAAAGAUCCAGUUCGCCCCGGGGUAAAGGAAGCAGUUAAGAGUUGUGUAGAAGCUGGAAUUUAUGUGCGAAUGAUCACUGGAGAUAAUAUUAACACGGCUAAAGCAAUCGCUAAAGAAUGUGGCAUACUUAAUGAUAAUGAUCUUGCUGUAGAAGGUCCUGUUUUUCGCCUUGAAACUCCAGAAGAGAUGAGCCGGAUGAUACCAAACAUUAGGGUCAUGGCUAGGUCAUCACCUCUCGACAAACAUGUUCUGGUGCAGAUGUCAAGAAAGGAGCUUAAAGAGGUUGUUGCUGUCACUGGUGAUGGGACCAACGACGCCCCUGCUUUACAUGAGGCAGACAUUGGAUUUGCCAUGGGCAUAGCAGGAACCGAGGUUGCGAAAGAAAGUGCUGAUGUAAUUGUAAUGAAUGACAACUUUACGACAAUCGUGAACGUGGCAAAAUGGGGACGUUCUGUAUACAUAAACAUUCAAAAGUUUGUGCAGUUCCAGUUGACAGUUAAUAUUGUUGCUCUUAUGAUUAAUUUCAUAUCUGCAUGCAUCUCAGGAUCAGCACCUCUUACAGCAGUGCAAUUGCUUUGGGUCAACCUAAUUAUGGACACUUUAGGAGCACUUGCACUGGCCACUGAACCUCCACAUGAUGGACUGAUGAAGAGGCCUCCUGUUAGAAGGACAGAAAAUUUCAUUACAACCCCCAUGUGGAGGAAUAUCAUUGGUCAGAGCAUUUAUCAACUGGCAAUCCUUUUAGUGCUAAAUUUUGAUGGGAAGAAAAUAUUGGGACUUGAAGGUUCUGAUGCUAGUGCAAUACUAAAUACUUUCAUAUUCAACACCUUUGUGUUUUGUCAGGUUUAAGGAAGAAAGACAUGUCCAGUAAUUGAAGAGCAUAGAGAUGGAUUACAUUUAUCACUAAAUGCAGGUUCAUUUCUGACAUACUUUGUUUGGUUUGGUUUAUUUAGGUCUUCAAUGAAAUAAAUAGCCGGGAAAUCGAGAAGAUAAACAUUUUCCGCGGAAUACUUAGAAACUGGAUAUUCACAGGAAUCAUUGCAUCCACAGUAGUAUUCCAAGUAAUUAUAGUUGAAUUCCUGGGCACUUUUGCCAGCACUGUUCCAUUAAACUGGCAACUAUGGAUACUCUGUGUAGCACUUGGAGCAGUAAGCAUGCCUAUUGCAGUUGUUUUGAAAUGCAUUCCUGUUGACAAAAAGUCUCCUAAUUCUACACAACAUGAUGGUUAUGAUCCUCUCCCAUCGGGUCCAGAGCUCGCUUGAUUGGUUCUUCAAGUUUCUUCGAAUAAAAAAUAAUAAGUGCAUGGUAAGUAAUAACAUUGGUAAGGUCGAUUAAUAUGAACGAACUAUAUAAUAUCUGAACAAUCUAUCUCUACGUACCAAACAUCCUUUUACUUUCUCCCCUCCGCCAUUGCCUGCUUGUAAUUUAUGGGGAAAAUAAACGUAAACAUCUUUGUAUAAUUCUCUUGAUUUUUGUUUUGAGUUUCUUGUCUGUCUAUUUCUGUAUUCAUAUUCUAGGUUAGGAUUUGAGUAUUGAAUAAAUGUUUGUAUGCUUUCUCUAUAUUAAUAAAACUCUCAUAUUGUGUACUA